ACCUGCCCAGCGGCUGCUGCAGCCUGCUACGGCGCCAGGGUUCUCGGGGCAAGGCAGACUAGCAAUUCCAGCUUCUGCCGUGGCGUGGAAGGAGGUGGAGGGGGUGGAGGUGGCUUCAGCGGUGGCAACGCUGCCAGAAGCCUCCGGAAUUAAAAGUGAGAGCGACUGGGGACCCUGCUGUGGCGGGCAGCCUUCAGGGAGCUCGCCAGCCCCGGGGAGCUGCCGCUAUGGUGUCCCAGGUGCUUCAGUUGCUCCGGCAGGGAGUAUGGGCUGCGCUCACCGGAGGCUGGUACCACGACCCAGAGCAGAGCAAGUUCACAAACAGUUGCCACCUCUACCUGUGGCUGUUCCUGCUACUGCUGCCCCUGGCCCUACACCUUGCUUUUCCUCCAAAUGCCACCACUGUAUUUUUUUACUGUAUUUCAGUAACUGUAUUCUUCACAGUAAUUAAAUUGGUUAGUUACCGUUUACACCUCAUGUUUGAUAAAGGAGAAGUAAUUCAGCAGAAGCCCUCCAAAAAGAAAGAAAAACCAAAUAAAGGCAAAGAAGUCAACAGUGAAUGCAUAACUAAUCACAAAAAUACAAGCAAUAAUGGGAAGAGUAAUAACAGCAAAAAGGAAGAGGCCAAUCAAAAUCUCUCUACACCUCCAGUCCAAUCCAGUUCCAGAGGGCAAAGUGUACAUUCUCAUCGUUCUUCUGGACUACUGGAAUUACCAGAACAGGAAACAGUGGAAGAUCUCAAAGAUGUCAUUCUGUCAGAUGACCAGCCUGUAGCACCAGUGUCAACUACCUCACCUGGUAUCAAAACAGAAAGCUUACCUGUUUCUAAAGUAUGUAUGCCAGAAACCAUAACCACAUCUACAAUACCAAUAAAACCAUGUUUGACAGCAACUAUAGUCAAAGGAAAGGAACAAGAAGGCAAAGGGAAGCCACCUUUCCGCCAUAGAUCAGAGGGUGGCUUAGUAGACAGAGAAGUCUUGAAGAAACUGCCAUAUUUGUCUUUGUCUCAGUAUGACUUGCUAGAAACAGAUGUUUCUCUACAGCCUUGGGGGAGUGAGAACUCAGUACUGAUUCCAGAACCUGUGAAUUAUGCCCAGGACUCCAUGAGGCAACAGUUACAAAGCAAGUCACCACUAGACAGCCUGAGCAGCAGCUGCCCUCAGUGUAACACCAUUAUUGCCAAACCUGUGAACGAGUUGGUGAAUGCUUCCCAGCAGGUGGACACCUCCUUGAAUCAAGAAGUUGACUACUCAGAUAGUGAGGUAGCGGUUACUCUUAUCGAUACUUCUCAGCCUGGAGACCCUCUGAGUUUGCAUGAACCUAUUAAAAUUGUUAUCACAAUGAGCAGUAGCCCAAACUCCAUGACAGAUUUGGAAAGCUCACUCCACUUUAAAGUGAUUGGCACUGAGAGAUCUGGUCUAAAGUCUGAUACUGAGCUAACCAAAUCAGGGAUGACCAUUCAGCAGAACAAUGAGCAGAUAAGAAUUCCUGUCAUCACCUUGGAGCUAUCUGAGGAUGAGAGAAGAGACAUCAGCUGUCCUGAAGGCAAUGGAAGUGAAAGGACUCCAGAGAGACUGAGGGUGGAGGCAUCCUCCAAUCAGUGUUCUGGUUAUGAAUCUGGGGAGGUAGGAAAUGCUCCAAAGAACAACAGCCUUUUGCAAAGAGACCACAGUGAAACAACACACCCACUCACAUCUACUGCAGUCUCUGAGUCUGAGGGAGGAAACGAAGGACAGACUAAUCUUGAUCCAUCAUCUUGUAAAACCAGUCAUGAAAAAAGACAUGCUCGUGUCCUUAGUGUAGAUAGUGGAACAGAUGUCUUCCUGAGCAAGAAUUCCACAGAAAUUAGUAAUGAUAAAGAAAAAAUAAUACCUACUUCCAAGUCUGACCUAGAAGCUAAGGAAGGACAAAUACCAAAUGAGUCCAACUUCUUGGAAUUUGUCUCCCUAUUAGAAUCAAUCAAUACUUCCAAGGUAGUGGUACCCAACCAAAAGAAUGGCUUAGUGGAACAGAACAAAGAAAAUGGAUCUCCCAGAGAUAACCAUUUCCAAGAAAAAAAGGAGGAAAUUCUGGAAAGUGAAAAACCCACUGGGCAAAAUUGCAAGCAAAGAAAACAAGACAUGCAAAGUCAUGACCAUACUAGUGUCAGCCCUGUACUCACUGAACCUGCCAAGAUCACCACACUUUUUCAGGGCAAUAGACAAAGACAAAUAAUCUACAGGGUAACUUCUCAACAAGAUAGUUCUGUCUUGCAAGUCAUCAGUGGGCCUGAAACAUCUGUGCAAGAUGAAAUAUCUGUGGAUGCUAUGCAUGUCUUCAUCGAUGACCAUGGGGAAAUUAGAUCCUGUUACUUGAAAUCUGGGAAUCAGAAAGAAGGCCCUUUGCAGCAACAGCCAUCAAAUUGUGACAGUUUGUUUAAUGCUAGAGAGAGGCAGAUAAGUUCCUCCAGCACCACAACUUCUGAGAGUCAAGAUCCUUCUUCUGGAGACCCUGCAGUCAGUGCCCUUCAACAACAACUGUUAUUAAUGGUGGCUCGAAGGACCCAGUCAGAAAUCCCAGGGCAUCUGAGUCAGGAUCUGGAAGAAUCAUCAUGUUCUUCAGCACAAGAAAAAUUUAACCGAGAGCAGUUUUACAAAUUUAUCAUUUUCCCUGGCAAGUGGAUUAAAGUCUGGUAUGAUCGUCUUACCUUGUUGACAUUACUUGAUCGAACCGAAAAUGUCAGAGAAAAUGUGCUAGCGGUUUUACUCAUUGUUCUGGUUUCCCUGCUUGGAUUUCUGACAUUGAACCGAGGCUUUUGCAAAGACAUGCAAGUGCUCCUCUUCUGCCUUGUUAUGGCCAGCUGCCAGUAUUCCCUGUUAAAGAGUAUUCAGCCUGACCCCGCUUCACCAAUUCAUGGUCACAACCAAAUCAUAACAUAUAGCAGACCAGUCUAUUUUUGUGUGCUGUGUGGCCUUAUUUUGCUUCUUGAUACAGGGGCCAAAGCCAGGCACCCUCCCACUUACAUUGUCUAUGGCCUGAAGCUCUUCUCUUCAGGGUCCCUCCAAUCAGCUAGGGAUCUAUUAAUAGCGUUUUUAUAUUGUUUCCCUGCAAUUUCCCUCCUUGGACUCUUCCCACAGAUCAACACUUUCUGCAUCUAUCUUUUAGAACAAAUUGAUAUGCUGUUUUUUGGAGGUUCUGCUGUUUCUGGGAUGACAUCAGCCAUUUACAGUGUAGCCCGGAGUAUGAUGACUGCUGCCCUGCUCCAUGUAUUCUGCUUCACUGCAGUGAAGGAACCAUGGAGCACACAGCACAUCCCAGCACUGUUUUCUGCCUUUUGUGGUCUCUUGGUUGCACUUUCCUAUCACCUGAGCAGGCAGAGCAGUGAUCCCUCGGUGCUUCUAUCUUUCAUUCAGUGCAGUUUGUUUCCUAAAGUUUUGCAUAAAGAUCUGGAAGAGCUGGCUGCAGACCCUCUCCCAAAGAAGAUGAAAGAUUCAGUGAAGGAUGUCUUAAAAUCGGAUCUCAUCAUCUGCUCAGUGGCUGCUGUUUUGUCAUUUGCAAUCAGUGCCAGCACUGUAUUCCUGUCCUUGCGACCAUUUCUCAGUAUCGUGCUGUUCACCCUGGCUGGCACUGUGGGAUUCAUAACCCAUUACAUGCUCCCUCAGCUCAGAAAGCACCACCCUUGGAUGUGGAUUUCACACCCUGUUCUUAAAAACAAAGAGUACCAACAACGAGAAGUGACAGGUGUUGCCCAUUUAAUGUGGUUUGAAAGACUCUAUGUUUGGCUUCAGUGCUUUGAAAAAUAUAUCUUGUACCCAGCAAUAAUUUUGAAUGCCCUUACUAUUGAUGCAUUCUCAAUAAGCAAUUACCGGAGACUUGGUACCCACUGGGAUAUAUUUCUGAUGAUCAUUGCUGGCAUGAAGCUGUUGAGAACCUCUUUCUGUAACCCUACUCAGCAGUUUAUUCACCUGACCUUCACUGUAAUGUUUUUUCACUUUGACUUCAAAGAUAUUUCAGAGAGUUUCUUACUGGAUUUCUUCGUGGUAUCCAUUUUAUUUAGUAAGAUCGGGGACCUGCUUCACAAGUUACAGUUCGUCAUGACAUAUGUGGCUCCUUGGCAGAUGGCUUGGGGUUCUUCUUUUCACGUGUUUGCUCAGCUUUUUGCAAUCCCUCAUUCUGCCAUGCUUUUCUUUCAGACGAUUGCCACAUCAAUCUUUUCUACCCCAUUGAGCCCUUUUCUUGGGAGUGUCAUUUUCAUCACAUCAUAUGUCAGGCCAGUGAAAUUCUGGGAGAAAAAUUACAAUACAAGGCGUGUGGAUAAUUCCAACACCAGGCUGGUGGUCCAAAUUGAAAAAGAUCCAGGAAAUGAUGACAACAAUCUCAAUUCCAUCUUUUAUGAACACCUGACAAGGGCCCUACAAGAGUCUCUUUGUGGAGAUUUGAUUCUUGGUCGAUGGGGUAACUACAGCUCUGGCGAUUGCUUUAUUUUGGCUUCAGAUUACCUCAAUGCUUUUGUUCAUCUAAUUGAAAUUGGCAAUGGCCUUGUCACAUUUCAACUUCGAGGAUUAGAAUUUCGAGGAACCUAUUGCCAGCAGAGAGAGGUGGAAGCCAUUAUGGAAGGUGAUGAGGAUGACAGGGGCUGCUGCUGCUGUAAACCAGGUCACUUGCCCCACCUGCUGUCCUGCAAUGCAGCAUUUAACCUCCGCUGGCUUACAUGGGAGAUCACACGGACACAGUACAUUCUGGAGGGCUACAGCAUCAUAGACAACAAUGCAGCUACUAUGCUGCAGAUUUUUGAUCUCCGAAGAAUUCUCAUCCGAUAUUAUAUCAAGAGUAUGAUAUACUAUAUGGUAGCAUCCCCCAAACUCUACUCCUGGGUCAAAAAUGAAUCACUUCUGAAGUCCUUGCAGCCCUUUGCCAAGUGGCAUUACAUUGAACGUGACCUUACAAUAUUCAAUAUUAACAUCGAUGAUGACUACGUUCCAUGUCUUCAAGGAAUAACACGAGCGAGUUACUGCAACGUUUAUCUAGAAUGGAUUCAAUACUGUGCACAGAAAAGACAAGAGCCUGCAAAGAACCUGGACAGUGAUGAGGACUCUAUUUUGGUGACUUUGUCCUUUGCUCUGUGCAUUCUGGGGAGGAGAGCGCUGGGAACUGCAGCUCACAAUAUGGCCAUCAGCCUGGAUUCUUUUCUGUAUGGCCUUCAUGCCCUCUUCAAAGGCGAUUUUAGAAUAACAGCACGAGAUGAGUGGGUCUUUGCUGAUAUGGACUUACUGCAUAAGGUUGUUGUUCCAGCUAUCAGGAUGUCCCUAAAGCUUCACCAGGACCAGUUCACUUGCCCUGAUGAGUAUGAAGACCCAGUAGUUCUCUAUGAGGCCAUCCAGUCCUUUGAAAAGAAAGUGGUCAUCUGCCAUGAGGGUGACCCAGCCUGGAGGGGAGCAGUACUCUCCAACAAGGAGGAGUUGCUCACUCUGCGGCAUGUGGUGGAUGAAGGCACAGACGAGUACAAGGUCAUCAUGCUCCACAGAAGUUUCUUAAGCUUCAAGGUGAUCAAGGUUAACAAAGAAUGUGUCCGAGGACUCUGGGCUGGACAACAGCAAGAGCUCAUAUUCCUUCGUAACCGCAACCCAGAGCGUGGUAGCAUCCAGAACAACAAGCAAGUCCUACGAAACUUGAUUAAUUCCUCCUGUGAUCAGCCCCUGGGAUACCCCAUGUAUGUCUCCCCCCUAACAACAUCCUAUCUAGGGACUCACAGGCAGCUGAAGAACGUCUGGUGUGGACCUGUCACUUUUGAUCGCAUUAGGAUAUGGUUUAGAAUGAAGUGGUUAAGAAUGCGCAAGGACUGUGAUGCAGGCCAGCAUAGUGCUGGCAACAUUGAAGACAUAGAUGAAGGGGGCACUCUGCCCAUGGGAAGCAAUAAUGGCCCCAGAGGUGAGAGCCAGGAAAGUAGCACUGAACAGCCCAGAAAAGAUGGGACCUACCACUAUGAAGGAACACAAAGGACAGGCAGGAAGAAAGGCAGGAGUCAGUCUGUUCAAGCACAUGGACCAUUAUGCCAAAGACCUCCCAUCUUGAGCUCAUCUGGUCCAAUCUUGGAAAGCCACCAGGCCUUUCUCCAGACAUCCACGUCGGUCCAUGAGUUAGCCCAGAGGCUUUCAGGCAGCCGGCUCUCCUUGCACACCUCAGAUGCAUCCCUUCACUCUCAACCCCCACCUGUUACUACCACAGGUCAUCUGAGCGUCCGUGAGCAGGCAGAGGCCUUGAUUAGGUCCAGCCUGGGCUCAUCCACCAGCUCUACCCUAAGCUUUCUUUUUGGCAAGAGGAGUUUCUCAAGUGCUCUCGUCAUUUCUGGACUUUCUGCUGCAGAGGGGGGCAACACCAGUGACACCCAGUCAUCCAGUAGUGUCAACAUCGUGAUGGGUCCCUCGGCCAGGGCCGCUAGCCAGGCCACACGGCAUUUCUCUGAGCCCUGUGAACCUACUGAAGCCACCAUCGAGCAGGAACACCUGCGUGACCACCGACUGACUGAAGCUAUGCCAGGGAAUGUGGGGGUGAUCUGCAGAAGAGCAAGCCAGGAGGACAUGGGUCUGGAUGACACAGCUUCCCAGCAAAGCGCCUCUGAUGAGCAGUGAGGGGGUUCAUAGCUGGGAAGGAGCAUCACACAGCCAGGGGAGAAAAGGGAACUUCCAGGCUCUGUCUAUCUUUUUCCUUGUGUUUGCUCCCCCCAAACUGAAAGAUCCAUGUGAGGACCUUCUUGUGGAAAAAAAAAAAAAAAAAAAAAGGAAAGAGAGAGAGAGAAAUGUAGAAAAACAGAACAACUUUAUCUCAGAUUCUUGAAAUACAAUCUCAAUUGGUGAAACAAUAAAUGGACAACACACUCCCUCCAUCCCCCUCAUGGGCCCUAGCUCUCUGCUCCUGAGUAGACCACAAGAUAUGUUGGCACUGAAAAUUCAAACAAAAGCCAUGUUAUAUCUUAAAACAACUAAGCAUAAGUAGAGCACACAGGUAACUCUUGCCCAGAUGAAAACAAGACAACUGCAUGUUAAAUAAUUGGCAUUUUAUACAUUACAUCUGCCAUAAAAUAAAAAAAGAACAUAAGCUGGUCAAUGCACUAAGGCUAAAUCUAAGUAUAAAGAAAAUCUUACUCUUUAUAAUAUUUAUGCAGAUAUUAAGUAAAAAAAAAGUGAAAGCUUCACUGCAAGAUACAUGGUACUGCAUGCAGCCAUGUCUGAAACAUUCUGUGGUCAUAAUUAACUGUGUAUUUAGAAAUAUAGUCCAGGUGAGUGUGGGAAGCCAGGUUGGAAUCACUUUACAUGGUGGAUGUGUACUGACAGCCAAAGCAACUGAACAUCUACAAGUUGGUCCCCCACCUCGCUAUGCUUGUUUUCCAAGCCAUGAAGUCCUUACUGUAUCACUUGCACACAGUUUUGUUUUUGGAAUUAAACAUGUUUAUAGUUA